AUGGGUAACAUGGCAACAGAGAUCGUCGCUUUCCUACUGACCAUAUCCGGCUGGAUUCUCAUCUCUUCCACGCUCCCAACUGACUACUGGAAGGUGUCAUCGGUGGAUGGGACAGUCAUAACAACAGCAACGUUUUGGUCUAAUCUCUGGAAGACGUGCGUUACGGAUUCCACCGGAGUUUCCAACUGCAAGGACUUUCCAUCUAUGCUAGCACUGGAUGCUUAUAUCCAGGUGUGUCGAGCUCUGAUGAUCUCAGCCGUGUGUCUGGGAUUCUUUGGAGCUAUUCUGGCUCUUGUUGGGAUGAAGUGUACUAAAAUCGGGGGCUCAGAGACCACCAAAGCCAGGAUCACCUGUCUGUGUGGAUUACACUUCAUUCUCAGUGGAAUCUGCUCUAUGGCGGCCUGUUCUCUGUAUGCACACAGGAUAACAUCUGAGUUUUUCGACCCACUAUUUUUUAAACAGAAAUUUGAACUUGGUGCGGCCCUGUUCAUCGGCUGGUCAGGAUCUGUUCUCAGUAUUCUUGGAGGCUUUGUCUUUUGCUAUUCCAUGACAGAGGGAUUCAGCAUCAGGGAGUACUCUUAUAAUGGUGCGACCUCUAUCAUAUCAGCACAAAACAAGGUCACUAAGAUUACCAAGACCUCUGAAGUUCCUCAGACACUCCCUUCAGACCGGACAGGAUCAUCCGGCAGACAGUUUGGGAGGAAUGCAUACGUCUGAUUGGACCUUUCCAUAAACGUGGAGAAGAUAAAAACUAGGGGCUACAGUAUAAACUAUCAAACAAAUUCUUGCAUGGAUGAACAUUAUUUGAAGCAAGAGGAUUGUAUAUAACAUGUACAGGAAAUGUUAUGUAUUUUAGUGUAUUUUAUGUUGCAUAUAUUUUGUUUACAUGUCAACCUUUAUGAACAUUAAUCAUGUCGUUUUUGUGGUAAAAGUUUUUUGAUUACUAUUAGGAAAACCAUGGUUAGUUUGUGGUUUUAUUUUGUUAUUUUUUGGUUUUAUCCUAGUUAAUUUUCAUCAACUUCUCAAGUCUCAGUGUAAACAGAACCGCCAAACAUCUUCACUUAGGUCUUUAAACUGAUCCUAAAUCAGAUGAAUUGAUGAUAGGCUUGACUGGAAAGGACAAGGACCACAGCUGCGCUCCACUGACUAUAGGUCUCAAUACGGAAAAUGAGUCGGAAAUCACUUAUUGCUCCAGAUCUGAGGUCUCUCUUCACCUCUUGAU